AUGAAUGUGAGCAGAGACAAAGCUCAGGUGGACCUCUCUAUGCCAGUAGCUCAAACAGCACCAGUGGUGGAACCAGUGUCCUGCAGCCUUCACGGGGACAUCAUGGACAACCAAGGGGAACAGAGGCUGUCAGCCAACGAACUGCAAGGGUAUGGCUGCCAGAGAGACCGGCAGGUGGUUAACCAGAACAGCAAUACUCCAGGGCAGGAAGUCUUGGUGGUAGCACCUCCUGUAGUUCACAGGACUACGUCUUUCUCUGUUCUGGACAUUCUGGAUCCUAAUAAAUUUAACAGCAAACGACUCUGUAAUAUGGUAUAUAAGGCUUCUAAUGACUUUAUAUUGAGGGGCACCGAAAAGCAUGAAGACCCUGAGGUAGCUCAUCAGAAAUCUUUCAUUGAAAACUUUGAUAACUCCAAAAAUUCCACAGAAGUAAUAAAGGAAGGAGAACUCUACCACCAGCCAGGAGAAGAUUGCCAGAACCACGACUUCAGCCCAAGCCCUGGAAGUGACCUAGAUGAAGAUGAGGAAGAGGAAGAAGAAGAGAUCUGCAAUGAGGAAAGUAGUAACUCAACCACUUCAGGGACAACAGAAAGGGAUCCUGCCGCAGGUACCCCUCAAGGAGAGGAUGUCGUGACAGACAUGAACCAUUCAAGUUCCAACCAGCAACAAGCCAGUGGGAAGAGCCCAAACCAUUCAAACCAGCACGGGAAACCCAAGAGGAAACGGACAGGCUCUGACUCUAAGUCUGGAAAACCCAGAAGAGCUCGCACAGCUUUCACAUAUGAACAGUUGGUGGCCCUAGAGAACAAGUUCAAGUCCACUAGGUACCUCUCUGUCUGCGAAAGACUUAACUUGGCCCUGUCUCUCAGCCUAACUGAGACCCAGGUGAAGAUCUGGUUCCAGAACAGGCGCACCAAGUGGAAAAAGCAGAACCCUGGAGCAGACACUAGUGCCCCAACAGGGGGUUCAGGGCAUGGCGGUGGGACUGGAGGUCCAGGUAUGGGAGGUCUCAGCCCUCUCAGCCACUCACCCCCAAUGGGAAACCCAUUAUCCAUGCACGGCCACCCAGGCUACCCUAGUCAUGGCCCCAGUGGCCUCAUGUGCACUGCCCAACUUCCAUUCUUGCCAGGACCAGCUGUCCUUUCACCUUUUGUGCUGAGUUCCCAGUCUUAUGGAGCACCAACAUUUUAUGCCCCACAUUUAUGA